GACCAAGUAUUUAAUGAAAUCCCUUUAUGCUGUAUCUCCAAAAAUGGACCAAACUUUAUUGCUUUCAGUGAGUUUCAUCGGCAUUUUAUUUCGCUAAAGUCUCCACCAAGAGGAAAAAGGAUAAAAAUGGACGUCUUUUUGAUUCAUUUGUGUCCUGGAAUUAGCUCUCUUGAAGAAUUUAAUCAGAAGUAAAGCAAUUUGAUUUUGUCUUAGUUUUCACAAGAAAAGUAUUGAAAUAUGGACAGAAUUUCGCAUUACUUUGUUUCCCGUGGUGCAGGACAUCUUCUGGACCGCAUUUCACAUUUUCAAGAAAGCAGCGCCACGUCGGAGCUCGCAGCAGAGCGCUUGAAUUGCGAAUGCAGUCAAAUCGCCAAAUCCAUUGCCAUUUUUAUUAAGAACCCAGCUCUACGUAGGGGGAAGUUGAGGCACGCUCAAAAUCUUCCUGCCGCGGCUCAGGGCCCCCCAGGGUCGCCCCCCACCCCUGUAGCACCUAUGUUUUAUGACAAACUCUGCUCGAUUAUCGUCGUGACAUCUGGAGAUGCAAAAGUCAGCAAACUUAAGUUCAAAGAUCGUUUUAACUCACAGCUGGAUUUGAUUGGGAGCAGUAUUGUGCAAGACGUCAUCGGGUAUCCUGUGGGCGGCGUGUGUCCCUUCGGCAUUAACAGCAAUGUGAGGGUGUAUCUCGAUGUAUCCUUGAAACGGUUCGAUACGAUUCAUGCUGCUUGCGGUACCCCUAACACAACUAUCACACUAAACUUGGAUGAACUGGAAGAAUAUUCAGAGAAUUUUGUAGAGUGGGUAGACGUCUGCGAUGGAUGGAUGUAAAAGAAAAAUGUGUGAAAUACCUCAUUGGAGGGAGAAGCAGUUGAAAAAGCUAGUUGAUGUCGAGCAUCGUGUGCUGUAGAAUCCUGUGGAAGUACAUUCUCUGUUUUUUCAACUUUUUUUGUUGAAUGCUUACCUUAGCUUUCUAUCAUUAUUUUAAUACAAGUCGUGCAGAGUGCAUAACUUCGUCGUAAUUCAUCAAUAUUUCUUUAUUGUAGUAUAUGAGUAUAGAAAAAUCUUUCUUUUAAGAAUAUUGCUUUGUCUUUAGGAAAGUUAGGAUUUCCGAUUUUUGCUUUUGCAUUCUUCUAUGCACCUAUAGUUUACAAACUUGCACGGCGCAAUGAUAUUUGUGAGUCUCAGGAACGAACCGUUUGAUUAAUUCCAUGCGCCUAAAUGCAUCUUACUUGGUAUUUAAUUUUAUCGAUUAGAACGAUCUACAAUGCAUGCGAAACGUUUUUUGUUUUCAGCCCUAAAGUGCUUAUUUCUAUUAAUAAUAAUUUAUUUAAUUGAAAUGAGUCCAAUCCCUCAG